AUGCCCAAUAUAACCCCGACCCCGACGCUUCCCUGGAACUACAUUGCGAAGCUGGUAUGCAUCGGUGACUCUGGUACAGGAAAAUCGAGUCUGACAAUCCGACUAUGUGAGGGCAGAUUCUCGGCUUCUCACGAUGUCACCAUCGGCGUCGAGUUCGGUUCGCGGAUAGUUCCUGUUGGUCCACCGGCCAACGCAUCUUUGGGAGUAGGGACACCCAACGGUCAAGCCAGUCAUGCCGAACCCGAAGAACAGAAGAAAAUGAAGCUGUCACUAUGGGAUACUGCAGGGCAAGAAACAUACAAAAGCAUCACGCGAAGCUAUUUUCGCGGAGCUUCGGGGGCCUUACUAGUAUUUGACAUCACACGACGGAGCAGCUUUGAAUCUGUCACCGCAUGGCUCAACGAUCUCCGACAGAUUGCUGAGGAAGGGAUCGUGGUCAUUCUUGUGGGUAACAAAUCAGAUUUGGCGGCCCAAAGUAGUGACCUGGAAGGUGGUAGUAAGCGUGCAGUGACCAAAGAGGAGGCUGAAGACUGGUGCAGAAGAGAAAACGUCGUCAAAUAUGUCGAGACAAGUGCCAAAAGUGGCGAAGGAGUUGAAAAGGCAUUCCUGGAGGUGGCAGAAAGAAUAUAUCAAAAUAUUGAAGCGGGAAAAUAUGAUCUCAACGAUCGAAGAAGCGGAGUCAAAGGAUAUGGAACAGGAACCGGACGAGAAGAAGGAAAGGCUCCAAAGACAGUCAACCUUACCAUGAAUGAUGCCGUCAUGCGCGGACAGGCCAACAGUUGUUGCUGA